AGUAUAAAGCAGAUGCAGUGUGUUUGAGCUGCAGAGGGGCUUCAGUAUGGGAUCGCUAACAGUGCUGGGUCUGCAGCUAUGUCUGCUUAUCUUUGGUGUCGGGGCAAAAUUCUUCCCUGUGUGGUCAGUUUCUGACACGGAGAACCAAGAGGACAAUAGCAUAUUCCAGCCCCCUUAUUUGGAGACUGGAUAUGGAGAACUGCAUCAGGCUGAGGCUGCAGAGCUCGGACUGGAAAUGAAAUAUCAGGACCCACAGGACUAUGACAUCACGCUGAUGAAACACAGAGUAAGACGUUCAGAAAAGAAGAAGAAAAAGAAGUAUAGAGCAGGAGCCCUCACCCCAUUAGGUGCAUUUCAACAGAUGUCUCUGGAUGGGAAGAAAACUCGAGCCAGCUCUCACACCAAGAGGGAAGCAGAGGCAGCAGCUGGGAAAUUAUUCCGCCUCCGCCCAAACCCACACCAGGGAAAGAUGUCUCCUAUAGGGAACACUGGAGAACCUGAGGUGGCUCGGGCUAAGAGACAGCUACAAAAGAGACAGCAGAACAGGCGACCAAUGGGACCAGGACGACACAGUUUAAUCGGCUCAAUGGGUCCCACAUUGAGCAGCAUUCAGGAGCAAACAGACACAGCAAACGAUGAUGUGCAUUGAUGAAUGAAGGACAGAGUGAAAGACACCUCAGGCCAACAGCACAGUGGGUCACUAUGAAUACCAUCUGAUUUCAUUAUCAUCAAAUGACUUUAUCUAAACAUGAUUGACAUGUAGCGUCACAAUAUGUAUAGCAGAGAGUAAGAAGGCUAUAUUGAUAUGAAAGAGCUGAACAUACAGGAAAUGUAUACGUGAAUAAUAUCUUUUCUUUUGUUAAUCAUUUCCUUUAAUAAACCACCACUGUACUCUUUCUACAUAUUUAGUUGUUAUAAUAUAACAUUACUAACAGAGGCCCCUAGGUGGCAGCAUUUAUUCAUGUCUUAAAUGUGAACCAUGUGCCUUAAUACAACCACAUUAUUAUAGUCCUUUUCAGAACCAUAACACAAUAAAAUUUAACAUCAGGUGAAA